AUUUUUUAUUUUUUUUAUUUUUUUAAUCUAUAAAUGCACGUUAGAAUUAGGAGAGUGUGGAUUCUAUAUCUUGAAGCAAAACCAUUUAGCUGGGGCUGGCUUAACUUGAUAUACAACUUAAAGUAAAGGAAUCAGUACUAAAGAUUACUUGCCUCCCAUAAUUAGCAUAUAUUUGAUUCUUUGCCUUGCCAUGAAUCCUACUUGAAGUUCUCAAGAAGUCAUCCUAUUUUUCUUCCAUUCGCAUGAGACUAGUCUUCAUAUUCCCCUUAAUUUCUAUUCUUCAUUUCCAGUCAAAAUUUGUUACUAGCAUCAUGUCUCACUCGGAAACUAACCCUCACUUUAAACCACUACAGCAGCCUGAAGGCCAACCACCUAGUCCUGGGGUGACACCGCCUAGUCCAGAGGUGGCACCGCUCCAGCGUUGGAACCAACAAAACCAGCCUGGUUCACGUGGGAUAAGACAUCAAGGGGAACGUUCCAAAUCACAGCGUUCAAAGGGCAGGGAACCACAGGGUGGUGGCACACUUCAACGUCCACGGGACAGGGAGCUGCAAGGUGAUGGCACAUUACAAUCUUCACGGAAGCAAUCUGUCCCACGUCAAGAUCUUACUCCACCUGAUCCGCGGCAUGGUGGUGGUGGAUACUCUACUCCAUGGUUGUUUCCACAACAACCAGAUGAAGCUCACCGAGUUCACAAUCCACAGCGUGGUAGCAAAUACCAUAGUCCAUGGAUACCUCUACCGCAACUUCAAGAUGAGCACCCCAAGCAGCCUGACAGUGCCAAGGUCACAUCACCACAGCAUCAAGAAGAAGACCACCAUCCCCUCCAUCCCCGUGAUCCUAGUCUCCCACCAGCACACCAAGAGAACUGCCCUCGCCAAUCAAGUGGUUUGCGAACACCAGCUCCACAGCGAACCAGGCCAAUAACAUGGUUAGCUGCAGCCUUCUGCGCAAUUUUCUGGAUUGUAAUAUUUCUAGGAGGACUCAUUGUGCUCAUUGUCUAUCUAGUCUAUCGCCCACGUAGUCCUCGGUUCGAGGUGUCUAAUGUGAGCUUGAAUGCAGUCUACGUUGAUGCAGGCUCUCUGUUAAAUGCUGAUAUCACCUUGCUUGCAAACUUCACCAAUCCAAACAAGAAGGUGGCUGUGGACUUCAAUCACAUUAUCAUUGAUCUAUACUAUGGGAAUACUCUUAUAGCUACUCAAUACAUCGAGUCUUUCUCAACAGCAAGGGCUCAAUCCGUGUUUGCAAAUGUUCAUAUGGUAACUAGUCAGGUUCUGCUUCCCUUAGGGGAAAGUGCUCAGCUUCAGGAGCAGAGUAAUAAAAAUGGAAUCAUAUUUAAUGUCAAAGGAGUAUUUCGAGUGCGAUCUAACCUGGGAAGUUUCCUUAGAUACUCCUAUCGCCUAUAUGGUCAUUGCACCAUCAUGCUGACUGCCCCUCCUAGUGGAGUCCUACGAGCAACCAGAUGCAGAACAAAACGUUAAGAUAGAUUUCUCGAGUAAAAUUGAUUUUGCACAUUGUCAAGAAUGAUUGUUCCUCCUUGCCUCAUAGUUCUCUUUAACUACUCAUUACAUUGUUUUCAGGGAAUCACUACAUCCCAGCUUUAAGUUCGUCCAAUCUUUGUUAUAUUCCUCUCUACAUAAAAGUGAAUACAAUGUCCGAAAAUUAUCUA